GUUCUGCGUAAGUGGUUGGCUGAACAUCCCCGGAAGCCAGCAGAAAAAGGGAAUCGACACAGCCCGUCACGAGAGAACGAGAUAGAAAAUGUCGAAUCUAAAGAAAAUCAGCGAUGAGGACCGCGAGUCCAAAUUCGGAUACGUUUUCGCCGUGUCUGGUCCUGUCGUGACGGCGGAACGUAUGUCCGGUUCCGCUAUGUACGAGCUGGUGCGUGUCGGAUACUACGAGCUGGUCGGUGAGAUUAUUCGUCUGGAAGGUGACAUGGCAACCAUCCAGGUAUACGAGGAAACGUCCGGUGUUACUGUCGGCGAUCCUGUGCUGCGUACCGGCAAGCCAUUGUCUGUGGAGCUUGGCCCAGGUAUCAUGGGUAGCAUCUUUGACGGUAUUCAGCGUCCGUUGAAAGACAUCAAUGAAAUGACGAGCUCGAUCUACAUUCCGAAGGGUAUCAACGUGCCGUGCUUGUCCCGCACGCAGAGCUGGAGUUUCAAUCCGCUUAACGUGAAGGCAGGCUCUCACAUCACCGGCGGUGACCUGUACGGUAUUGUGCAUGAGAACACACUCGUCAAGCACAAGCUGAUGGUGCCACCGCGCGCCAAGGGUACCGUCAAGUACAUUGCCCCGUCCGGCAACUACACCGUCGAUGAUGUGAUCCUCGAGACCGAGUUUGAUGGUGAAAUCAGCAAAUUCACCAUGUUGCAGGUGUGGCCAGUGCGUCAGCCGCGUCCAGUCACGGAAAAGCUGCCAGCCAACCACCCACUGCUAACCGGACAGCGUGUGCUGGAUUCAUUGUUCCCCUGCGUCCAGGGCGGUACGACCGCUAUUCCCGGUGCUUUCGGUUGCGGAAAAACUGUCAUCUCACAGUCGCUGUCCAAGUACUCCAACUCGGACGUUAUCGUGUACGUCGGUUGCGGUGAGCGUGGUAACGAGAUGUCUGAGGUAUUGCGUGAUUUCCCCGAGCUUUCGGUUGAGAUUGACGGUGUGACAGAGUCGAUCAUGAAGCGUACUGCGCUGGUAGCCAACACCUCCAACAUGCCUGUCGCUGCCCGUGAAGCUUCCAUCUACACCGGUAUCACGCUGUCGGAGUACUUCCGUGAUAUGGGUUAUAACGUUUCCAUGAUGGCCGAUUCCACCUCUCGUUGGGCUGAGGCUCUGCGAGAAAUUUCGGGUCGUCUUGCUGAGAUGCCGGCCGAUUCCGGUUAUCCCGCCUACCUUGGCGCCCGUUUGGCUUCCUUCUACGAGCGUGCCGGUCGCGUCAAGUGUCUUGGUAAUCCGGAGCGCGAAGGUUCCGUUUCGAUUGUGGGUGCCGUAUCCCCGCCCGGUGGUGAUUUCUCCGAUCCCGUCACCUCCGCCACACUGGGUAUUGUACAAGUGUUCUGGGGUUUGGACAAGAAGUUGGCCCAGCGUAAGCAUUUCCCAUCGAUCAACUGGUUGAUUUCCUACAGCAAGUACAUGCGCGCUUUGGAGGAUUUCUACGACAAAAACUUCCCAGAGUUUGUGCCAAUGCGUACCAAGGUGAAGGAAAUCCUGCAGGAGGAAGAAGAUCUGUCCGAAAUCGUACAGCUGGUCGGUAAGGCGUCGUUGGCCGAAACCGAUAAGAUCACUCUCGAGGUCGCCAAGUUGUUGAAGGAUGAUUUCCUACAACAGAAUUCGUACUCUGCUUACGAUCGCUUCUGUCCGUUCUAUAAGACCGUCGGUAUGCUGAAGAACAUGAUCGGAUUCUACGAUAUGGCACGCCAUGCAGUGGAGACGACUGCACAGUCCGAAAACAAAAUCACAUGGAACGUCAUUCGUGACUCUAUGGGCAACAUUCUGUAUCAGCUAUCGUCGAUGAAGUUCAAGGACCCAGUAAAAGACGGCGAACCAAAAAUCAAGGCCGAUUUUGAUCAGCUGUACGAAGACAUGCAGCAGGCAUUCCGCAACCUAGAAGAUUAAAUGGUAUACCUCCAAAUGUUGGAACGGAGCAGAGUGUGCCAGCCUGUCGGAUAAAGAUGUACUAUUAUGAUAAGUUUCCUUUACCGUGUUGCCAGCCGCGACAAGCAUCCUUUGGGGAGAGGACCGCUGUGGUGGCUGCGUGACGACUAGUAAAAUGCAACACAUGAGACGUUAUACAUACAAAAAUGGCAUACACGCUACAACUUAUGUACACAAGCACAGAUCCAUGCAACAAGUAUUCCACAGCGAUAAUUGUAGAGUUAUCCUUAGAUCGGAUGCGGGCACGCGUAAGAAAACAUAAAAAUAACAUCAAAAGGGGAUAAUUGCGUGCGUGUGCCCACAUCGUUUUCCGAGUAGGAGUGAAUUUUAAUUUGUUUCUAACAACCUGUAUCGUGUUAAAAAUCGCGGAACAAAUGCAAUCCUGCAGUUCAUCCAACAUCGUCCACUUAAAUGAUAUUGUCAUCGAUUUCAUCUAUUCUCUCUAGUUCUGUUGUUUGCCUAGCGCAAAACAGUGUUCGCAAAAACGUGGUCUAUAGUGCGAUUCUAUGCGAAUGCACAUAAAAAAGGGGAAUGCAAUCAGUCAACAUGUGGCAUAACUUAACGCUAGCAGAUCUGGAGAGAGUAGAGAAACAGCAGGAAGAUGAUCGAGGGAUGCAAUGUCGUAAAACGUACAAUAAGGAGAGCCGGCUUAUUUGUUAUGAUACUAUAUAUAUUAUAUAUUUUUUUUGUUGUUGCUCAGAUAAAUUUCCUGUAGAAAAUGCGAACCAUGUAGCGGUGGAUUAGUCGCUAAAAACAAGUAUAUAUAAAUAUAAUUGAAUAGUCCUUCUAAGUAUAUUUGAAACAAAGAUAAUCCUUUACAAUCGGAGUAUGUAAAUGGAAUGUUGGAGUUGUAGCAGCUCGCUUUCAUGUGGUUCGGACUAUGUGGAAAAGUGUGAAAAGUUUGGAGGAAAAACUUAAACAAAGAACAAACGUUUGAAAAGUA